CGCACUGGUAUCAGCGCAGAUAUGUGGAAUUUUCAAAUUUACUGUCCCUUGCCCUCCAAAUUUCCGGUCUGACAAACAACAACAACAAUAUUGGGAAAUCGCCAGAAAAAAGACUGAAAGGCGUUAUUUCUUAGCGAAUUAUUCUUUAUGUUCAGAUAAAAGUACUCAGAGAUGACCGACAAUGAGGACUGGCCUAUCACCGGAGUUGUAGUUGUAGCAGAUAUCACGAAAUGCCCAGCAGGAUAUACUACAAUUGAUAGAACAUAUGAUCGUGCUGAGGAGGCAGACUUAUGGCGGGAUGGUAUAUUUGGGCGGAGAGUCACUAGAUAUUUAUGUGUGCAGAGGACAGCUCCGCAACCUGGUAAAGAUGUACUUGUUGAUGUUUCUAUCAUAAAUGACAGGGAUCCAGUACCAGCUGGAUUUACCGUUCUUGAUUACACAGCUGAUACACGUGAGAAGUCAACAAAAAAGAAGGUGAUAUGUGUGAGAUGGAUGAGCGUCAACCUUACAAAUAGUGCUCUCUCAGAAUUGAUUAUAUUGCCCAAAGGUACACGGAGACCACCUAAUGGAUAUACUCUAGUUGGAGAAUUGAAUAACCUGAUGCUGUGUUACAAGAUGGCCAAUAUCAAGACACAGUCAUCUGUAGCACACACCAACUCUGAUUCUGCGUUAAACAUGUCUGACAUGGCGAACAAUCUUCCUUAUUCUCUGAAUCCUGGAAAGGAGAAUGCCUACAGACAAGGAAUGUCAUCCAGUUAUACACCUGGAACUAACCUGCCAGGUUCAAACCACCCUGCUCCGCUAGAACGUUCAUUGAGUUUAUCUGCUUCAAAUAAUUAUCCACUGGCUGGGGUACCAUGGCAAUUAAGUCCAAAACUUACAGAUCUUGAGAAUCUAAAAAAUAUUCACAUACCAGAAAUCAGAUACAAAACUAUGAUGGAUAUUGAAAAUCAGUACCAGUACCAUUUUGAUGUUGAGAGAGCAGCCAGUGCUAAUAGUGGAUAAACCUUGUAUAAUGACUAUGAAGACCAAUUUUAGUUCUUUUAUGAAAAACCAUGCAAUAUAUAUAUAUACAUAUGUCUUUAGUGCAAACUAGAAUAGACUAUCAUGAUGUGUGUAAGUUGAUACAUGUACAUAGAUUAAGACUUUCCUCUCGGCCACUUAUAGUCCUACAGAUUUCGCACUGUUAAGAAGAUCUGAUAAUGUUGUAUAGGCAUUAUGAUUAUAUGUUGUAUAAAUUGCUAUCUUAAAAGAGUGUUCAUUAAAGGGUAAUUAUGCUUUUGUCUUAACCCUGAAAUGUGGUAAGAAAAUAAAAUAUGUUAUUUUCUUGUUAAAUCCUUUUUAGCUCGACUUUUUGAUGAAAAAGUAGAGCUAUUGCACUCGUCCCGAUGUCGCGGUCGCCGUUGGUUAUAGUUUUUGAUAAAGUCAAAUAUCUCUGUUACUAUCAAAGCUUUUGACUUAAAACUUGAUAUAGUUAUUUACUAUCAAAGUCUACACCAGGAGAAACAAUCCCCAAACUGAUUUGAAUUUUGACAGAGUUAUGCCCCUUUUUAACUUAGAUUUUUUUUGGUUAAAGUUUUAUAAAGUUUUUUACUGGCAAAGCUCUAAUUUAGAGUCAAGCACUGAGAAAAGUAGAGCGUGCUGUCUUAAGGACAGCUCUUGUUUGAUAAUUGUUUUCUUACGGAACUUUCAGGCAAGAAAAUUCACCCUUUUAGUUACAGUAAAAACAGUUCCAUAAAGCCAUAACCCGGGCCUUGACAUUUUAACUUGCUGUUUUAUAACCUGACUUUGUGAUACAUACAGGUACAUGUGAGUUAAAGAUAAAAAUGUAGUAGGACAUAGACAUUAUUAAAUUUGAAUAGUCAAGAACAUUCUGAUAACUGUUCUGUUAAAUGUAUGUUUUCUUGUUUUGAAAUAUGCGAAUUUGUAAAAACCAUGUAAGUGUUAUAACAAAUUGUUAUUUUUUUUAGCUCACCUGUCACAAAGUGACAAGGUGAGCUUUUGUGAUCGCGCGGUGUCCGUCGUCCGUCGUCCGUCCGUCCGUCCGUGCGUCCGUCCGUGCGUCCGUCCGUCCGUAAACUUUUGCUUGUGACCACUCUAGAGGUCACAUUUUUCAUGGGAUCUUUAUGAAAGUUGGUCAGAAUGUUCAUCUUGAUGAUAUCUAGGUCAAGUUCGAAACUGGGUCACGUGCCAUCAAAAACUAGGUCAGUAGGUCUAAAAAUAGAAAAACCUUGUGACCUCUCUAGAGGCCAUAUAUUACACAAGAUCUUCAUGAAACUUGGUCAGAAUGUUCACCUUGAUGAUAUCUAGGUCAAGUUCGAAAGUGGGUCACGUGCGGUCAAAAACUAGGUCAGUAGGUCUAAAAAUAGAAAAACCUUGUGACCUCUCUAGAGGCCAUAUAUUUCACAAGAUCUUCAUGAAAAUUGGUCAGAAUGUUCACCUUGAUAAUAUCUAGGUCAAGUUCGAAACUGGGUCACGUGCCUUCAAAAACUAGGUCAGUAGGUCUAAAAAUAGAAAAACCUUGUGACCUCUCUAGAGGCCAUAUAUUUCAUGAGAUCUUCAUGAAAAUUGGUCAGAAUGUUCAACUUGAUGAUAUCUAGAUCAAGUUCGAAAGUGGGUCACGUGCGGUCAAAAACUAGGUCAAUAGGUCAAAUAAUAGAAAAACCUUGUGACCUCUCUAGAGGCCAUAUUUUUCAUGGGAUCUGUAUGAAAAUUGGUCUGAAUGUUCAUCUUGAUGAUAUCUAGGUCAAGUUUGAAAGUAGGUCACGUGCCGUCAAAAACUAGGUUUGUAGGUCUUGAAAUAGAAAAACCUUGUGACCUCUCUAGAGGCCAUAUUUUUCAUGGGAUCUGUAUGAAAAUUGGUCUGAAUGUUCAUCUUGAUGAUAUCUAGGUCAAGUUCGAAACAGGGUCAUGUACGGUCAAAAACUAGGUCAUUAGGUCUAAAAAUAGAAAAACCUUGUGACCUCUCUAGAGACCAUACUUGUGAAUGGAUCUCCAUAAAAAUUGGUCAGAAUGUUCACCUUGAUGAUAUCUAGGUCAAGUUUGAAACUGGGUCACGUGCCUUAAAAAACUAGGUCAGUAGGUCAAAUAAUAAAAAAACCUUGUGACCUCUCUUGAGGCCAUACUUUUCAUGGGAUCUGUAUGAAAGUUGGUCUGAAUGUUCAUCUUGAUGAUAUCUAGGUCAAGUUUGAAACUGGGUCAACUGCGGUCAAAAACUAGGUCAGUAGGUCUAAAAUUAUUAAAAUCUUUUGACCUCUCUAGAGACCAUAUUUUUCAAGGAUCUUCAUGAAAAUUGGUCAGAAUUUUUAUCUUGAUGAUAUCUAGGUCAAGUUUAAAACUGGGUCACAUGAGCUCAAAAACUAGGUCACUAUGUCAAAUAAUAGAAAAAACGACGUCAUACUCAAAACUGGGUCAUGUGGGAAGAGGUGAGCGAUUUAGGACCAUCAUGGUCCUCUUGUUAUUAUUUUUGCAUGCUUUCUGUGAUUUGUACAUAACCAAAUGGUUGAUAGUCAAUGAUUAAAUAUAGUGUACAUGUAUUUA